AUUUAUAUCUCUGAAUCCUAUUCUUGCUUUCAUUGAUGCCUGAUCCUAUUUUCUGGUACCGUGUUAUAUAAUUCACGAGCAACUCAUUGAUUUUUUGGCUUUCUCUUGCUUCUUAAGAAAAUUACAAAUUUUCAGAGGCAAAAAUGGGUUUGACAGUGUCACGGAUCUUGAGGUUGUUUUAUGCAAAGAAGGACAUGAGGAUCCUGAUGGUGGGUCUUGAUGCAGCUGGGAAAACAACGAUACUCUACAAACUCAAACUCGGAGAAAUCGUCACCACCAUACCCACUAUAGGUUUCAAUGUGGAGACUGUUGAGUACAAAAAUAUAAGCUUCACUGUCUGGGAUGUUGGAGGUCAGGACAAGAUUCGACCUUUGUGGAGACACUACUUUCAGAAUACACAAGGUGUUAUCUUUGUGGUAGAUAGUAACGACAGAGAGAGAAUUUCAGAAGCCAGAGAUGAGCUCCAUAGAAUGCUGAGUGAGGAUGAACUUCGUGAUGCUACAUUACUGGUAUUUGCCAAUAAGCAAGACCUUCCAAAUGCUCUGAGAGUUUCAGAAAUUACAGAUAAACUUGGUCUGCAUUCACUCCGACAGCGUUGUUGGUUCAUCCAGGCAGCUUGUGCAACAUCAGGCCAAGGACUCUAUGAAGGACUUGAUUGGUUAUCCAGUAAUAUACCUAACGGUACUUGCGGGCAAACACUGCUUUUGUUGAACAAGCCUCAGAUACAGAGAACCCAUUUGCUUUGGGGUUCUGCUUGUAGCAGGGGUCAGCUUCCGGUUUCGGUUUCGACUCCAAAAGCUGCUUUGUCUUUGAGGUGCCAAGCUCAAGAGAAUCCCAGAGCUGUGGUUUCUGGCAAUGUAGAAGAAGUGCAGUCUGGCUUGGUUCAGAAGCCUGGCUUGGAGGUUUUUCAUUUGUACCGUGUUCCGUUUAUCCAAGACAGUGCGGCGGAUGAGCUUCUAAAGGAGGCUCAAGCUAAAGUCUCUGAUCAGAUAGUGGGCCUGCAGACAGAGCAGUGUUUCAAUGUUGGCCUUGCUUCACAGCUUUUAAGCACAAAACUUCCUGUCCUUAAAUGGCUUUUGGGAGAAACAUUCGAGCCGCAGAAUCUGGGAACUGAGAGCUUUCUUGACAAGAGGAACAAGGGGGAUUUCAGCACAGUUAUAGUAGAGGUUGGGCCCAGGUUAUCAUUUACCACAGCAUGGUCUGCUAAUGCUGUGUCUAUUUGCCAAGCUUGCGGUUUGACGGAAGUAAACCGUUUGGAACGGUCCAGGAGGUACUUGUUGUACACCAAUGGUGAAUUGCAAGACAAUCAAAUUAAUGAAUUUGCAUCCAUGGUACAUGAUAGGAUGACUGAAUGUGUUUAUACUCAGAAGCUAACAUCCUUUGAGACCAGUUUAGUUCCUGAGGAAAUUCGUUAUAUACCUGUCAUGGAGAGAGGACGAAAGGCAUUAGAAGAGAUUAAUCUGGAGAUGGGUUUCGCCUUUGAUGAACAGGAUUUGGAAUAUUACACCAAGCUUUUCACACAAGACUUCAAGCGUAAUCCAACAAAUGUUGAAUUGUUUGAUAUUGCGCAGUCAAACAGUGAGCAUAGCAGACACUGGUUUUUUACUGGAAAGAUUGUGAUUGAUGGACAGGAAAUGGAUAAGACUCUGAUGCAGAUUGUCAAAAGUACUUUAAAGGCAAAUCCAAAUAACUCUGUCAUUGGAUUUAAGGAUAACUCAAGUGCAAUUAGGGGUUUCAGAACUAAACUGCUGCGACCAGUUCAGCCUGGUAGCACAUGUCCGUUAGAUGUGAUAGCAAGGGAGUUAGAUAUCUUAUUCACAGCUGAAACUCAUAACUUUCCAUGUGCUGUGGCACCAUAUCCUGGUGCGGAGACAGGUGCAGGAGGUCGCAUUAGGGAUACUCAUGCAACAGGGAGGGGGUCCUUUGUCCAGGCAGCCACUGCUGGUUAUUGUGUUGGUAAUCUCAACACGCCAGGGUUUUACGCCCCUUGGGAAGAUCUAUCAUUUACUUAUCCGUCAAAUUUGGCAUCUCCUUUGCAGAUUCUUAUAGAUGCCAGUAAUGGUGCAUCUGACUAUGGGAACAAAUUUGGAGAGCCCUUGAUUCAGGGCUACUGCAGAACUUUUGGAAUGAGACUUCCUAGUGGGGAGAGGCGCGAAUGGUUGAAGCCGAUUAUGUUUAGUGCGGGCAUUGGGCAGAUUGACCACCAUCAUGUAUCAAAGGGGGAGCCUGACAUUGGAAUGCUGGUUGUUAAAAUUGGAGGCCCUGCUUAUCGUAUUGGGAUGGGAGGCGGAGCAGCCUCUAGCAUGGUCAGUGGGCAGAAUGAUGCUGAGCUUGAUUUCAAUGCUGUACAACGUGGGGAUGCUGAGAUGGCACAAAAGUUGUAUCGUCUUGUUCGUGCCUGUAUUGAGAUGGGGGAUAAAAAUCCAAUUAUCAGCAUUCAUGAUCAGGGUGCUGGUGGAAACUGUAAUGUUGUAAAGGAAAUUAUAUAUCCAAAAGGUGCUGAAAUAGAUGUCCAAAAAAUUAUGGUUGGUGAUCAUACGAUGUCUGUUUUAGAAAUUUGGGGUGCAGAGUAUCAGGAGCAAGAUGCAAUACUGGUGAAGCCAGAAAGUCAUGAGCUCUUAAAGUCAAUCUGUAAUAGGGAAAAGGUUUCAAUGGCUGUGAUUGGAACUAUCAGUGGUGAUGGGCGUGUGGUGUUAGUUGAUAGCUUAGGAACUCAAAAGAGUCUCUCAAAUGGGCUCCCUCCACCUCCCCCGGCUGUGGAUUUUGAAUUGGAGAAGGUCCUUGGUGACAUGCCUCAGAAAUCUUUCGAAUUUAAUCGGGUUGUUUAUGCACAGGAGCCCCUUGAUAUUGCGCCUGGGAUCACAGUAAUAGAUUCUCUCAAGCGGGUUUUGAGUUUACCAUCCGUCUGCUCAAAACGCUUCUUAACAACAAAAGUUGAUAGGUGUGUCACUGGUCUAGUGGCUCAGCAGCAGACUGUUGGCCCUUUGCAGAUUCCCCUUGCUGAUGUUGCUGUUACGGCUCAGACUUUUACAGAUUUGACAGGAGGUGCAUGCGCCAUUGGGGAGCAACCAAUCAAAGGUCUGUUAGACCCCAAAGCAAUGGCCCGGUUGGCUGUUGGAGAAGCCCUCACAAACCUUGUAUGGGCAAAGGUAACUUCCCUUUCUGAUGUCAAGGCUAGUGGUAAUUGGAUGUAUGCUGCCAAGCUUGAUGGGGAAGGAGCUGCCAUGUAUGAUGCUGCCAUAUCUUUGUCUGAAGCAAUGAUUGAACUUGGUAUUGCUAUCGAUGGAGGGAAAGACAGUCUUUCUAUGGCAGCCCACGCUGGAAGUGAAGUUGUCAAGGCGCCUGGAAAUCUUGUUAUCAGUGUUUAUGUUACUUGUCCUGAUAUAACUAAAACAGUGACACCAGAUUUAAAACUUGGUGAUGAUGGUAUCUUGCUUCAUAUUGACUUGUCAAAGGGGAAGCGGCGUUUAGGUGGAUCUGCUCUUGCCCAGGCAUUUGACCAAGUUGGGGAUGAGUGUCCUGAUGUUGAUGAUAUUCCUUACCUUAAAAAGGUCUUUGAAGGUGUUCAAGAGCUUCUUACCGAUGAUCUGAUCUCUGCUGGUCAUGACAUUAGUGAUGGUGGGCUUCUUGUUUGUGCCUUAGAGAUGGCAUUUGCUGGUAAUCGUGGACUUGUUUUGGACUUGGCUUCACGAGGUAGCAGUCUUCUUCAAACACUCUAUGCAGAAGAACUUGGGUUAGUUCUUGAGAUAAGCAAGAAAAAUUUGGCUUCUGUUAUGGAUAAACUGAACAGUGUGGGAGUUGUGGCUGAGAUCAUAGGUCAAGUAACUGUCACUCCAUCAAUUGAAGUUAAGGUUGAUGGGGAGACUUGUUUAACAGAAAAAACUAACAUCCUCAGGGACAUGUGGGAAGAAACCAGUUUUCAGUUGGAGAAGUUCCAAAGAUUAGCAUCAUGCGUGGAUAUGGAGAGAGAAGGUCUAAAACAUCGUCAUGAGCCCUCAUGGGAACUUUCUUUUACUCCUUCAUUCACUGAUGAAAAGUAUUUAUCUGCAACUGUAAAACCUAAAGUGGCUGUGAUUAGAGAAGAAGGGAGCAAUGGAGACAGAGAAAUGGCUGCAGCUUUUCACGCAUCAGGUUUUGAACCAUGGGAUGUUACUAUGACCGACCUUCUUAAUGGAGUGAUUUCUUUGCAAGAGUUUCGCGGAAUUGUAUUUGUUGGUGGAUUUAGCUAUGCUGAUGUGCUUGAUUCUGCAAAAGGUUGGUCUGCUUCCAUAAGGUUCAAUGAGCCCCUUUUGAAACAAUUUCAGGAGUUUUACAACCGUCCAGAAACUUUCAGUCUUGGUGUAUGCAAUGGUUGUCAGCUUAUGGCUUUGUUAGGAUGGGUACCAGGGCCACAAGUUGGAGGCGUGCUUGGUGAUGGCGGUGACCUAUCACAGCCUAGGUUCAUUCACAACGAGUCGGGGCGAUUUGAAUGCCGCUUUACAAGUGUGACAAUAAAGGACUCACCAGCUAUAAUGUUCAAAGGUAUGGAGGGUAGCACAUUGGGGAUAUGGACCGCUCAUGGGGAGGGAAGAGCUUAUUUCCCAGAUGAAGGUGUGUUCGAACGUGUGGCUCAUUCAGAUUUAGCUCCUCUAAGAUAUUGUGAUGAUGCUGGCAAUCCGACCGAGACGUACCCUUUCAAUGUGAACGGCUCUCCUUUAGGCAUUGCAGCUAUUUGUUCUCCGGAUGGGAGGCAUCUUGCCAUGAUGCCUCAUCCAGAGCGUUGCUUCUUAAUGUGGCAGUUCCCAUGGUAUCCAAAGCAGUGGGAUGUGGAAAAGAAGGGGCCGAGUCCUUGGCUGCGGAUGUUCCAGAAUGCAAGAGAGUGGUGUUUCAAUGUAGAGACUGUUGAGUACAAAAAUAUAAGCUUCACUGUCUGGGAUAUUGGAGGACAGGACAAGAUUCGACCAUUGUGGAGACACUACUUUCAGAACACACAAGGUGUUAUCUUUGUGGUAGAUAGUAACGACAGAGAAAGAAUUUCAGAAGCCAGAGAUGAGCUCCAUAGAAUGCUGAGUGAGGAUGAACUCCGUGAUGCUACAUUACUGGUAUUUGCCAAUAAGCAAGACCUUCCAAAUGCUUUGAGGGUUUCAGAAAUUACUGAUAAACUUGGUCUGCAUUCACUCCGACAGCGUCGUUGGUUCAUCCAGGCAGCUUGUGCCACAUCAGGCCAAGGACUCUAUGAAGGACUUGAUUGGUUAUCCAGUAAUAUACCUAACAAAGGAAGAUGAACCAAGCUCUGAAUUAUGUCUUUCUGAUAUUUUUCCAUAUGAAUAAUACAACUGUGGUAAUAUGUAUAACAUCUAGUUUGCUAUUGUUUGAGUUUUGAACUAACUAUCACCAUGAUGUAAGAUUUCAAAACGCUCAAAGUAUGUAAUGUAAGUAUUACACUCGUGAGGAGCAUUAUGUUAUGUGCAACACCUUACAGUACUUAUCAUUUGUUUAUGCUGAGAGCAGCAAAUGUA